AUGAUUUCUGGGUUAAUGAGAAUUGGGAGAGUCAGUGAGGCGCGGAAGGUGUUUGAUGAAAUGCCUGAAAGGGAUGUGGCAUCGUGGAGUGCUAUGGUUUCUGGGUACUCGCAAUGUGGGGUGGGCGUGGAGGCUUUGAGGGUUUUUAGGGAUAUGGUUGAGGCCAUGGUGAUUCCUAAUUUGCCUGGUUUGGUUAGUGCUGUUUCGGCUUGCGCACAAUUAAGAGCAUUGGAUGAAGGUGUGUGGUUGCAUGAUUAUAUUGUUAAAAGCAAAUUUGAGAUUGAUGUGACUUUGGGCACGGUGCUUUUGGACAUGUAUGGGAGGUGUGGAUGUAUUGAGAGAGCUGUUGAAGUCUUCAAUUGUAUGCCUGAGAAGAAUGUGCUUUCCUGGAAUUUGAUGAUAGCUGGCUUGGCAAUGAAUGGUCACUCAAGGUUGGUUGAUGAGGGACUUCGGCUUUUUGGUCUUAUGACUCAAAAGUAUAAGAUUGAACCACAACGAGAGCACUAUGGUUGUGUGGUUGAUCUUCUUGGGUUAAGCAAUGUGAACCAGGAAAGUGAUGUUCUUGAAGCAGUGAAACUUAGAGGUUCAUAA